CUUUCCGUCCUGUCAUGGCAGCGCUGUGAGAGGAGAGAGAGGAGCAGCAGCGCUGAUUAAACCUGAUUAUUUAUUAGAAUAAUUUCUGUCCGACGCUGUUAUUAAUGUAGUUAGUCAGAAGGUCAGACUCUGCUGUGUUUAUUAGUUUCAGAGCCUCGUCUUUUGCAGCUACAGCGGCGGUUUUGUUGCCUUGAACGCAGUGAAUGUGGUGCGCUUGGGACUGAACCAGAGAAGAUUCUGUUAUGCAACGAGGAGCUUCAUAGAAACUUGUCAUCAUGCUUCCAAGGCGGAUACCAUUCAAUCAGAUUGCUUUUGCAACGCUGAUCGGGGUGGGAGGGGGCAUCUACAUCUACAAACCCAUGUUUGAGCCUCCCAGAAAACCAACAAGUGCCCCAGAUAACCAGGAUGUCCAAACAGAAAAGAAUGGACAGGAUGCUGGUGGACGAGAGAAUAUGGCCAGACAAGUAGCUGGUGCAGCAAAUUCAGGAGCAGCUGCAGAAAAAUGAGGAAAACACAGUUCCUGAUAACUGAUAAUCAUCAUCAUAACAUGAUUACGUUGAUUAAAUGUAUGUGUACAUGACAAUUGUGUCCAGUGUUUCUGAAUAAAAGCCUUAUAGUUUUUAUAAAAAUGACCCUCUAUUGAUUUAUGUAGCUUUUACAGAGCUCAGCCACAAGAUGGCACUGUUAUGUUGGCAAAAAAAGAGAAAAAAACUGAACUGAUAUUAAUACUUUUUUUUAGCUUUAGCUAUUUCAACCUUUCCCUGCUUACAUCAUAUUCUAUUAACAUUUAAUUCUAUUAGAAGCACACAAUGUUAAUUGUACAUCUUCACUACAAAAAACACAAUUCUUUAUGUAUUUA